AUGGGUGAUAUUCCAUUUUUUUGUCCACCGAAUUAUGAAUACGCUUCAUUGGAAGUUAAACAGGCUUGUGAGGUUCGAGCUGCAAAUUUAAUAUGCCAAUGGACUUUUUUGUUCUUGGCAAUUGUUUGGGCUAAAUGUUCAUAUGAUGAUUCUAUAUCCGAACAUUUGGAUAUUGUGGACAUGAAUACAGAUUUUAAACAAGUUCUGACACUGGAAAAGUCUGAAAUUCUGCAACAUUUCUUUCGGUAUGGAAGACCUUUAUGGGGUGCACUUCUAUUACCUUCUAGUAAAGCUGAAGGGUUUAAACCAGAACAUGUUAUAGAAUUGGCCAUAGACAAGCUUAUUGUGCCACAAUUUGGUAUUGCAUCUUCUUUAGUAGCAAUGCCUCGAAGAAUUAUGAAUAUGCUGUUACAUCGAUGCCUACCGAACCUUUACUGUGCCUAG